GCCAUUGAAGUGAGUCAUCUGUAGGAAGUGGGGUGAAAAGGGAAAGAAAAAAAGUUGGAGGUUCCGUGGCGACAGAGAGCUGAGAGAAAGAAGGCAAGACUGAGUCACUGACUGCCUGAGAGGAUCUGAUAGUCUGUUCUACCUGAAAGCACAACACACCUGCAAUAUUUCUAAGAUGUUGUAGAUCAGCUGUAAUAUUUGCACUUUGCGCUCCUGGAUACCUGAACAAUCAGAGGAUUCUUUCUUUUCUUGCUGGUGCCUUUUUACUGCGGGGGGGCUGUGUGUCAGUGACAGAGGAGGAAAGAAAGAAAAAAGCUCCAGAGCUCCAACAGUCCCCUGAAACCUUCCUCCCUCCCGGAUCAUGUACCAGGACUACUCCGGGAAUUACGACACCUCAUCCCGCGGCAGCAGCGCCUCUCCGGCGCAGCCAGAGUCCUUCACCAGCGGCAGCAGCACGAUCGGGAGUCCGAUAUCUACCUCAAACUACCAGAAGUACAGGGUUGACAUGCCUGGCUCCAACAGUGCCUUCAUCCCUACAAUCAAUGCAAUCACAACCAGCCAAGACCUGCAGUGGAUGGUGCAGCCGACCGUCAUCACCUCCAUGUCCAACCCAUACUCCCGCUCCCACCCCUACGGCCAUCACCUGAGCAACGGGCCGGGCCUGCUGGCACACAACACGCUGGCCCGGCCCGGGGUCAUCCGCUCCACCGGCGACCUCAGGCGACGUAAGAGAGACGAGCAGCUGACUCCAGAGGAAGAGGAGAAAAGGAGGGUGAGACGGGAGAGGAACAAGCUGGCUGCAGCCAAAUGUAGAAACCGCAGGCGGGAGCUGACAGAGAUGCUGCAGGGGGAGACCGAGAAGCUGGAGGAGGAGAAGGCCGACCUGCAGAAGGAGAUCGAGAGCCUGCAGAAGGAGAAAGACAAGCUGGAGUUCAUGCUGGUCGCCCAUAAUCCCGUGUGCAAACUGCCCAUGGAGGAGCGCCACCAGCAGUCCAGUCACCAGCAGCAGCAGCAGCAUCAGUGCAACCCGCUGCAGCUCACCAUGCGCCACAGCAUGAACACGCGCGCUCAGAUGAACCAGGUGGUGGUGAAGCAGGAGCCCGAGGACAUGGAAGAGCAGGUGGGCAAACCUCAGCGCUCUGUCAUUAAGCCCAUCUGCCUGGGAGGCGGCGGCGUCAGUGGUGGGAUGUACAUCCCAGAUGGAGACAGCCUGAACACGCCGGUGGUGGUGGCGUCCACCCCGGCAGCCACGCCAAACGCCCAGAACCUCAUAUUCACCUUUUCCAACAUGAUGGAGCCAGAGAGCCCCUCACCCUCCUCUGAGUCCUGCUCCAAAGCCCACCGGCGCAGCAGCAGCAGCGGUGACCAGUCCUCCGACUCCCUCAACUCACCCACGCUCCUGGCGCUCUGAGUCAGCCGGGGCCGGGGCGCCAAGGCCCAACCGGGAAACAAACACUGUGGUUGAAAACAAUGAGGACAGACCGGCCCUCCACCCAGAGACCCUCUGGUCUCUCUAAAGCACAUGGAAAAAGUCCCGACCAAGCUGAACGCGUGAGCCGGAGGGAGGGGGGGGACCCAUAAGGGCUACGCCGCGUUUCUUCUUCAGCGUGAACAUUUUUCUAUCCAUCAGUGUCUGCGCUCAUCUACCACCCUUCGCCAUUUCAACUCCUGACUGCUGAUGUGUUUACUGACAUUUAUGAAAAUAGAAAAAAAAAGGAAAACAUGGCCAUGUUGUGACAUCACCCACAGAACGGUUUACUAAUAUAUUAUUUUUCUGAGAACACCUAAAAAGCCAUGCGGUUGACGCUUGCACUCAAUAACAGAUCGCCAAACGAGGUCAGCAUCUGCUGGGAUUUCUGCAGAGAGGCAAAGACUCUCGUUUUAUUUUCUGACUCUGAUUCAGGACAGAGGUCACGCUUUCUUCUGUUGACUUCAUCUCUUUCAGUGUAUUUAUGACCUGUGCUGGUGGAAAUAUCCUGUCCUUUAAAUCUGAAGGUGACCUGAGGUUGACCUCAGAACGUUUGAGCCAGCUACAUCCUCAAUACUUUCUCUCUUUUUUUGCCAUAGCGGCAUGAAUUUGCAGUAGUAUCGUGUGCUUUUUAUCCUCCUCAGUGAUUUUUGUACCUGAACACUUUUUUUUUGACAAAGUGUAUGUGAUUUACAUUGAUGUCAGGGAUUAUCUCGCGUGUUUUAGUAGAACCCCCCGUCGUAAAGAGUGGCUGUGGCAAAGGUGGUACUUUUUGGGAAAAAAAAAAAGGUUUCAUCUCCUCGUUGUGAGUCGUUUUUUGAUAUAAAACAAAGUUUGAAGAAAACCCUCCUCCGCUUCUUUCUCUAAAUAAACAUCCUUUUGUUCCGCCGCUGCCUUCUCAGGGGCAGCUCGGGUUUCAAAAAAAGCCAAAUCCGCUUUUUCUGGGCACGUGUAAUCCUGCGUUUCAUCAGUCCUUGUCUAAAGUAAAAAAGGAGGAAUUUUUGGUUAACUUGAACAAAAGCCACGGUGGUCCAGACUGUCGCCAGCUGCAUCAUGAUGUCAACCCUGUUUAUAUAUAUAUAUUUGUAUAGGCUAAAUGGUGUUUGUAGAUCAGUCACUUUUAGUAAAACAGUGAUUUUUAAACUCCACUCAGACGGGCUGGUUUUUGAGUGCCAGAGGUACUUCAGAUGAGGAAACGGAUGAAGAAGACUCUCUCUACAGCUGGUCUGACGUGAAAGAGCCAACACUUUAAAAAGGAAUCUCUUGUUUAUUAUUUGUAUAUGUUAAAGGGACAAGGGUUCUGCUAUCUUGCACUGACAGAUCAGCGAUAUUUACAAUUUAUUUUGUUUACUUGAAACAUUCCAAAUGAAUUUAACGUCAAAGACUUUGAGCGUAAACCUCCUUUUUUUUUCUAAUCAGAGGAAUUGGAGAUGAUUCUGGAUGCAGAUUCGUUCUACGGCCGAUUCAAGCUGCUUCUCCGUUUUUGGGGAAACAAGUCAGCUGUUUUUUAAUGUCAUUUCUAUUUGACAGGCUGUUUUCUAGCAAUGGGGGGGGUGAUUUGGUUCGACGGCACAGAGUUGAUCUGAGAACCAGAACCGUCUAAAUGUCUGUAUGUUGGAACGUUCUAGAGCCCCCUCAACACUUCAAUUAAAAGCCAUUGACUGUAGAUGUUCUGCUGUACAUGUCAUCUGCUGUCUGUCGCCUGUUGAACUAUGAUUUCUUCUUUUUUUUUAAAUGCUUUAAUUGUUUAAAAUGAUUCAAAAUGAAUAAAAACAGCAAUAUGUAUAGCAGUGUUUGUUAAUUUAAAAGAGUAAUAAUAAUAAACUAAUUUUCAUCUCG